AAAUAAGUGCGAACGAGUCAGGAAGAUGGGCACUCGCGUGAAGGUGUUACGCGUCUUCAAGUCGCUGCACAGAACGAGGAUGGCUGUAUUCAAAGAUGACGAGAGAGCACUGGCAGCUGCAAAAUUAAAAAUCAACGAGGAGUUCCGUAAAAACAAACAUGAAUCGUCACAAGAAAACAUUGAGAAGAUGAUCAAAAUGGGCUCAGAUGUGGAAACAGUCCUACGAGAAGGUGUACUUCAAAUGGAGCAUCUUGGCACCGAGAGACUCUUGCUUCGACCCAGGGAGGAUCUUUUAUUAGAAAACGUUCCCUAUUGUGAUCAGCCCAGGAAAAAAUCGUGACGGAGCAUCUGGUGGAUGACCCAACAAGGAAAGAGACUCGUGUUGAGAGACUUCUGAUCAUCCAUCCAUCCGUCACAUUUCAUUUGGAUUAAGAUCUGCCAAACAAGGAUAUGGCUACUACAUGGAAGGUUGCAAUUUCAUGUGUCAUGUGCAAUUAAAUGAUAUUCAAAUUUUA